AUGUCGAAGGAUUCUGGAGAAGGCAAACCAGUGGCUCGCACGCUGGCCCUCGACUUCAUCGACGGCGUACUCGUACCUCCGAGAUCUUUCCGUCGGGACGUACUCAGAGACGCCCUGUUGUACGAAGCGCGCCCCGGCGACAUCUUCCUAGCGACGUACCCGAAGACCGGAACCACCUGGACCCAGUACACUCUGUGGUUUCUACUGAACCUGGACAAAGACAAGUUGCCGGAACCACCCACGUUCGCCGACCUCUUGACCAAGCGUUGUCCUUUCCUAGAUCUGGUUGGUCGAAAAGUCGUCGAGGCCACCCCAGCGCCGCGAGUGAUCAAGACCCACUUCAGCUCCACGAUGACGCCGUACCACCCAAAAGCGAAGUACGUCGUCAUCGUCCGCAACCCUUUCGACUGCGUCGUCUCCUUCUACCACCACUGCAUGGGAGACCGAGUCAACCUGAAGAUGCGCGCCGACACGACGUUCGACGAGUUCUUCGAAGACUUCAUGGACGGCUACGUCACGUUCGGCCACUACUUCGAGCACGUCCUCUCCUGGUAUGCCCGCAGGAACGACCCGAACGUCUUCUUCUUCUACUACGAGAACUUCAAGAGCGACCCCAAGAAGACGGUGCUGGCGCUAGCGAAGUUCGUCGACGCGUCCAUCUGGCAGAAGCUGCGCACUGAAAAGGCGCUCUUGAACGGCCUGUUGGAACGCAUCUCCUUCGUGAACCUCAAGUCGGACGUCAAGAUAGAAGGUGACGUCCACCAUACGUCAAGCGAUCACCAACAUCCCACUGGAAAUAGCGACGCAAGAACAAGUCAGAAGAAGGGGGGCGGCAAAACUGGAACAGGCAAAAUUAUCGAGAAUUCAGACGACCCCUCCAGAAACACAGAAAAACCCGAGGAAGAAAUGAUAGCUCUUGCAAACUUUUUCCGCAAGGGUGAAGUGGGAGACUGGAAGGGCUACCUGAACCAGGAACAGGAGAAGCGUCUUCGGGGAGUGUACGAAAAGCGCAUGCGCGGAACAGAGAUGUGGGACGUUUGGAAGGAUUGCCUGGAUUACAACGAUGUCAGCGUUCGUGCAAAUAAAGGAUCUUAA